AAAAUUAGAACUGAAACAGUGAAAAAUGGAUUUAAGAUGCAUUAUUUAUUGAUUUCUGUGGAAAAAAAACCCAGGAUUUUUACUGUUUAAGUGUUUAGGAGACAUUGACUGAUCUACAGACUGUAGACAUUCUUCAGACCUUUUACAAAAUGUACUGUUAAUGAAAAAAGAAACCUAUCUUUUUUGUUUCAAUAAUUGCAGACAACCUAUAGUACAUAUUUGUAAUACCUAAAGCGAAGGAGAGACCUAAAGAGAAUGCAGGUAAAUUAAGUGUUCCUUAAGAGGAGGUAGAUAAAAAAAAUUGAAACAGUGAUUACGAAUCAUUAAUUAAAGAAAUCGUUAAUUAAUAAUGGCAGCAGUGACAACUCAACAACCACAGGCCUCAGACCUGAGUGGCCCUGAUUCUGUGCUGCUUAAGAGUGGCCCUGUUACUAUAAGACGUUUAAGGAACUCAGAGGAGGACUUCAAAUUCUUUGCAAGAGUGUUAGUCGAAGCCUUUGAAGGAAAAUUUGUCUAUGCUACAAGUAAAGGCAGCCUUCCCGACAUGGAACAAUUCUUGAUGAACAGAGUGAGAAAUCGACCCCCGGAGUAUUACGAGAGAAAUCUGGUGGGGGAGUAUGAAGGGGAAAGGGCCUGUGCCUGUGUCCUGGUUUACAAUGGAGAUAGUGAAAUCUUCCCGGAGAGAGAGGAGGACAUGCCCCCACUUGGAUGUACAGAUAUUUGUGGGCUUGUGUGUAUGGAUUGUGCUUUAGGGGGUGAGAAGGCCCCACCAGGAAAGUGCUAUUUAGAUGCCAUUGGUGUAGAUGCCAAAUUUCGAGGAAAGGGUAUAGGAAAAGUUAUGCUAGACGCAGCUGAUGCCGAUGCAAGGAGAAGAGGAUGCAAGUCAAUUUACCUUAAGGUAGCCUGUGACAAUCGGGCUAAGCACCUUUAUGAGAGACAUGGAUAUGUGCUCAAGGAUAGAACCUCUCGCUGCUGCUGUAUGUGGUGUCAAACAGGGAUCAAAGAAUUUCUAACAGUGGAAAAGUCAUUGGAUUGAUAUUAAAAACUACUUGGAAGACUCUACUGGUGUCAGGAAUUAUAUCUAAUUGAUUUCAGUUGACUAAUUAUUAGUAGAUAUAUCCUUUUACAUGUGUAUAAUAUGUGUCCUCGUCACUUGUGUACAGUUUAUAUAUUUAUAUAUUCUAUUAUUUUGUAUUCAUACAUGAAUUUGUUUUAUGUCAUAUCCAUUAUUUUUUUUUUUUUAGUUUUCUGUUACUGCAACAUAUUUUUAAUGUGGUUAUGUUUCUUUUUUUACAUUUUACUUUUUUAGGCAUAAUAUAUUUUUUUUAAUUUUUGAGAGAGUCGUAAAAGUACAUGUAAUUAAUAUGUAGAGUGAAGAUGUGUAUGUUAAAAUUUAGGGUUGUCAUGAUUAUACGACUUAGAUAUAUGAGAUUUUUUCUCUGUAACUUUCUAUAGAAAACUAUUGACUCAAUUGAGAAUUUAAUUGUUUGCUAUAUAUAGACUAUUAACCUAAUCAAAAUUUCAUCUACUCUUUUGUUUCCUUUUAAAAAUCUAAAUACAUGGCUGUAUAGAUGAUCAUUUUACCCUUUAUUGGAAUAUUGUUCUUCAUCCGGUGAAAUACACAUGUAUUUUAUUUGGAAUAUUGUACUUCAUUCGGUUAAAUAUUUUAUUUGAUAAGAAGUAAAUGUACAAAAAUUCUGUUGAACAGAUUGCUAGCAUGUUAAAAAGCUUUACGAAGAUUUUAGCUUUUAUAUUGUCUUUAUGUAUUUUUUUUUCUAACUAUACUUGAUCACUUUUACAAUACUCUGACAAUAUACAUGUUCAUAGAGGCCAUGGUUGUAGAUGUGCUGUUUUUUCUGAUACACAUUUCUCUACAUGUUUCUCUAAAUGCUCCUUUUAAAAUGAAGUAAAAAUGAUUUUUAUUUUGAGAGUUAUUUUUAAAUUACUUGUAUUGUUUGCAGUUUCCUAUUUGCUUCCAUUCUAACGUAUGUUACAUUCAUGUAGAAAUAUGCAAAAAGUAAUUAUAGCCUGCAAAAUCA